AGGGCUCUCCCAGCCUGGAUCUCUGGCAUGGAAAGCCCCCAACCCAUGGCAGGGAAUGGGGUCCCCUUCAUUGAUCCUUGUGGGAAAAAGAAAUCUUGGAAUACGGGAGGCAGACGCAGUUUCUGGCUGCGAGCACAGCUGCGUAAUCUCCCUCUGUACAGAACCAAGCCAGCCCCAAGGAGCCCCCAGCUCAGUUCUCUUCUUUUGGGGCGCCCCGGGGCGGGGAGUGCCAGACUCGGCCCUGGAGACACAAUGGGGUGUGCGUGUGUGUGCCCUGGUCCGGCUAUCCUCCAAGCCCCUCUUUUCCCCUCCUCCAUCUUUACGGACCUUCGUUUCCCGUCCAAGCGCCUCCCAUCUCUCCCCGCCUUCGCGGCCCCGCUUCCAUUUCUGACCGUUUCGCUUGAGCUUUGGGAACCGCACCGGACACAAGAGGCGGGGCGGGGGGGGUGGCGGAGCAGAGCGAGCGGAAGAGUCACUUCCGGCCAACUGGGAGCUGCUUUUCCCGAGCAGCAGCCGGGCCUCUCCUUCGCCGGCGGCUCCCGCCGAAAGGUCGGAUUUGCAAGGCGGGCAGCGCUCACCCUGCGCCCGGGACUAUCGCGCUUGCCGCCGCGAUCGGCGCCUCUGCCUGCGGCCGCGCGGUGCAUCCGGCUCGGGGUGCGCGCAAUCUCAGGGGCCUCCCGCGCCUUUCUUAAGCCGCGCCCCUCCGCCGCCGCCUCCUCCUCCGGCAGAAGCGCAGGGAAGACGGCGGAACCUGCUCCCGCCGCCUCUGUCCUGGGCUGCCCUGCGCCCUUCUGGGCUCCGGGCUCCCGCAGCUGCGACCCGAACUCCCCGCCGACAAAGCAGCUUUCGAGCCGCGGAGCCCCCAGAGCAGCGACCGGAGUGGGGCCCCACCAGCCGGCCGCUCCGCCCCCCGGACCCGCCCCUCCCUCCCUCCCUCGACCGGAAGCGCCGGCGGAGUGGGCGAGCAAGCGCGCGGUCGGUGGGUUGGUCGGGGCGGCGGCGGCGAUGGAGCCGGGGGCGGCUGGUCCCGUCGGGGGCGGCGCGCCGGCCUUCUCGCCGGAGUGGAUGGCGUGCCUGCUGGCCGAGGCGGAGGCGCUGCUGGCCGAGCGGGUCUCGGCGCCGGUGCGGGCGCGCUGGCGGCGGGAGGUGAAGCUGCCGCGGAUGAGCCUGGAGGGCUGCCUGGAGCAGCUGAGCGAGGCGCGGCGCGGGCGGGAGGCGCUGCUGGCGCGGGCCGGGCCGCUGUCGGAGGCCAAGCAGGACCGGCUGCAGACCUUCCUGCGGCUGGAAAUGGCGCUGCUGCGGGAGAUGCAGGCGCUGCGCGAGCGGGCCCUGGCCUCGGCCUUCGCCAUCGCCAAGAAGGGCGAGCCGCCGCCCGCGCCGGCGGGCCGGGGCCGCGAGGAGGGCGGGGGCGAGGCGCGGCGCCCGGGCUCGCCGGCCAGGGAGGAGGGCGGCGGGGCGGCGGGCGGCCCGCGGGUGGUGUCGGCGGCCGAGGCGGCCUCGCAGGCCAAGGCGGCGGCGCAGCGGGAGGCGCUGGCCGAGGCGCUGUGGGAGCCGGGCGGCGUCGGGGACCUGAUCGCCAAGAGCGGCGACCUGCAGCUGGCGCUGGAGCAGCUGGUGGGCGAGCGGCUGGGCGAGGCGCUGCGCGGGCUGGAGCGGGCGGUGCGCGGGGAGGGCCGGGCGCGGGUGCGGCAGCUGCUGGCCGUGCGCGACGCGCUGCUGGAGCAGAAGGGCGGCUGGGCCGAGCGCGCCGGGACGCUGCGCGGGGAAGCGCGGGCGCUGCGCGGGGCCGGCCGGCCGGGGGCGCUGCGCGAGAAGGCGGCGGCGCUGCGCGACUGCCUGGCCGAGGCGCCGCUGGAGGAACUGCGGCCGGCGCUGGAGAAAGCGGUGGCGCUGCUGGAGAAGACGGACAGCUGGUGGGUGGCCUGGCUGGAGAAGGCGCUCUGGGCAGCCCCGCUGGAGGAGGCCGAAGCGGCCCGGCGGGAGGCGCAGGCCUUGAGCGCCGCCCUGCAGCCGCAGCCGCCGGUCGAGGAAGGGGAGGAGGAGGGGGCGGUGGGGCUGCUGCUGUGCUCCCUGGAGAGCGAGGGCUCGGAAGCCUCGGCCUCGGCAUCCCCGCGGUGGGGCUCGCUGGAGGAGAUGCGCGACGCCCUGCAGAGCGCACCCUUCGAUGAGGUCUUUGCCCUGCUGAAGCAGCCCCGGGCGCUGCGCCAGGCACUGCAGGAGAGCUCCGAGGUGGAGGAGCAGGGCGAGCUGCCGGCGGUGCUGGGGACGCUGGAGGAGGCCUUUGGGCGGGCCCGGCCGGGUGACUGGCGGGAGCAGCUGAGCGCCCUGCGGGGUGGCCGCUGGGAGGACGAGGCAGUGGCACUCCUGGAGAAGGUCUGGGCGCUCAAGACGGAGGUCUUCUUGCUCGCCUCCGACCUGGACCGUGAGGAGAAGGUGGCGGCACUGGUCGAGGAGCUCCAGGCACUGCAUGAGGCUGCCGCCGCCGCCCCACUUGGUGACCGGGAGACAUUGCGGGAGAAGCUGGCGGUGCUGCAGGCGGCCCUACACGCCUUGCCCGUGCAGGAGGUGCUGCUGCUGCGUGCCAAGGCCAAGGCACUACGCAAGGCAGCCACAGACUUCUGGACAGAGCCACUGGCCGAGGCAGACGCGCUGCUGGCUGAGGCGGAUGCGCUGCAGGAAACACUGGCCCGCUCGGCCCUGCGGGAGGCGCUGUGGGCCAAGGCGGAGGAGCUGCGUGGGGCACUGCGCGAGAUCGCCAAGAAGAAGAUCAGCGUCCUCUCCUACUACCUGUGGAAUGUGCUCUGGAGCCCCCUCUGGAAGAAGGUGGGAGACAUGCAGCGGGCUCUCUGGAAGACACCACGUAAGGAGGAGGGCGCCGUGCAGGAGAAGCUGGCCGACCUGGAGCAUGCGCUAGACGAGAUCCUGGAGGACAACCUCAGUGGCCUUCCCCGCAUCCUCUACGCCCUUCCGGGCAUCGUGACAGCGCUGCAGAAGAAGGUGCACGCGGUGCGGGAGAGCCUGCAAGAGAUGCCACCCGAGAUGGCGGUGGCCCUGCAGGGGAAGGUGGUGGCCAUGCAGGAGGCGCUCUGGAAGAUCCCCUUCAAGGAGGCGCACCUGAUGCAGGAGGACCUCAAGGCCUACUGCCUCGCCCUGCAGAGAAAGGUGGAGGCCUGGUGGGCGCAGCCUCUGGAGGCAGCCCCGGCCAAAGUGCCCCCCAGGAUGGAGAGACAGGACACUGGCUGGACCAGGAGGGGCGCCCCUGAGCCAGCAGUUGCCGCUCCAGGGGAUGCUGAGGUUGGAGGAACCAGGCAGCCGGGCGUUUCCUCUCCAGCUCUCCCGGCAACACCUGGGGCGCCAAACCCCCCAACCGGAGAAGUUGCACCCGCUGUCGGGCCCGGGCGUUUCCAGUAUUCUGCGCUCAAAGCGAUUCCACACUCUCAUUUCCAGCAGAGGAAGGAUUGGUAUGAGAACACCGACCAAGACCUGCGCGAUUACGUGGUGCAGAGGCUGGUCCAUGCCAUUUUUCCUGCUCCUGACUUGGCCGUCCUGAAGGAUCACCAGGUGGAGAAGGUGGUGUCCUACGGCAAGAAAGUGGAAGGGGAUGUCUAUCAGUCGACCAACCACUGGGAUGUGUAUUGCUGCCUAAUUAUGGUGAAGCUCUUCAAAAUAGAGAAGGAACUGAGAGAGAAGAGGACCUUCCGGGGCCACAAACAAGGCACUGCGGACGAUCAGGCCUCGCCUGUGGGACCAACCCAGCCUGCGGUGCUUCUCAACGACUUCAGCAGAACCACGGAAGAAGUUGAACAGGGUUGUGUGUUUUUAUUGACAGGCAGUCAGCUGGGCGCCCCAGAAGUGCCUCUAAGCCCCACACAGGACCCCCCAGGUGUCAGUCAGCUGAACCCCAUGUCCAUUUGGACCAUCCAGAACUCUCCCACUUCACUGGACACCCCAGCCGCCUCUCCGACAAAUCCACCUGCUCAGACUCACGACGAGGGAGCGGCUCUGACGAUGGCCGCCUCUCCCCCUUGGAUGCCUCAGCCCCAAAGCGCGAUGAGGGCCUCUUCGGGCACCAUCUCAAGUCCUCCUUCGGCUCCCGGCCAGUUCCUGCCUCCCCAUCUGUUUCCUGCCCCUCUCGGAGUUCUGGACACCAGCGGAGGCAUCCUGGCGGAAUCGGGUCUGCAGGGUGGAGUCCAGGGUCUGGAUCCGGGCUCCCCCCUCUCUUACUCUGCGCCCACCGUGGCCCCUCUCCCUCCUCAUGCCUUGCCAGGGGCCCAGAGUGAAAGCGCAUCCUUGGGGCCAAUGACGGGGGCAGCACCAGGCCUGAGCCCAGAGGCCCCUCCGCAGCAGCAGCCCCCACCGCCCUGCCCGAAGUCUGCCCCAGGCCCUGGCACCCUGGGGGACCCCCAUUUUGGGACCAGAGAGGCCUCCUCCCACGGGCUGCUGGGUAAACGCCGGAGACUGGCAGACGGGGCUUGGAGGGCAUCUCCUGCCGGCUCCUCUCCCUCGGCCCUGCCCGAUGCCUCAGCACAGCCCUCUCCGGUGACGCUCGAGUCCCUGCAGCGCUCGCUGGAGGACCUGCGGAUCUCCGUCCUCCGUAACUUGGGAGCCGUGCACAGGCAGGUGGAGGCCCUGGAGAAGAGGAUCCACACGCUGGAGCGCUGGCGAGCAGAGACAGAGGGGCGCCAGCAGCUGCCACAGCCGUAGCCACCGGCCGGGCUCCCCUCCCGCUCCUCCUCUCCAUGUACAGAACGCCCCGUUCUCAGGACGGCUCCUCCUUCGCUUCACUUUUUAUUCCUCAACGUGUCAAACGGAAGACAAUUUUCACUCUGUUCCUUGGACGGCAAUGCCCGGUUGGCAGACACGGGCCUCCCCAGCACAAAGCCCCCCACCGUGCUUCGUCACGGUGCCGGACAGCCUUGGUGCCCAGUGAUGGGACAGACUCCGAAGCCGAGGUGGAAGGCUGUGGAAGCCGAGGCUCCUCCAGAAAGUGCCCAGCCGUCACUGGGUCCUGGAGAGUGUGUGUGUGUUGGGGGGGGGGGUCCCAGGAGGCCACAUGGGCUGAGGCCAGCGACAGGCUGUGGGGAGCCCCAGUGGGAGCUGGGUUGCUCUGGCCGGUUUGGGUGGUGGUGGCGGGGGGCUUGGCAGCCCCUCGCCUGGAAGGUCAGCUCAUGCUCUGAGCUGUUCCCUUCACGACCGUGAACCACGUGCCUGACUCUGGGAGUGUCCUGGGACUUCACCUCCUCCUCCUCCUCCUCCUCCAUGAAUGUUGCUGCCCCGGAAGAGCUGGUCAAGGGCAGCAGUUUCACCACCUCUUUUGCCCAGGGCCGGCUCGUCUGCCGAGUGAGGGGCUCAGUGGCAGCUCUGAACGGGAGGGAAGGCUGUGCUGAUGGCAGGACUCGUCCCCGGCUGGCAGGGAGCAACACGUUGCCUGGCCCUUGGGCCGCCUGGACGCUGGCAGGAGGCCCACGGAGGCACUCCCCAGUUCAAGCGGAAGGGCAGGUCAGUGUGGUUUUAGGUUUGAUGCGAGGCAGUUUGUUUGGGAAUGGAAAGAUUUGAGAAGGGACCCAGUCUGUACGUUUGCCGUGAAGACGAAGGAUUGUGAAGGCUACACUCUGCCUGUCUUUAUGAAGUCACCCAGGGUGAGAAAUAACCUCCUUUAGAGGGCAUCAACUCUGCAAGUUUCUGCCGGAUGUUUUCAAGGAUAACAUUUCUUUCAGGUCAUUGUAGGAGAAGAUCUGGGUUAGCCAGGGGGCCCCAAAACGGGUUGCCUGGUCGCUCAAGAAAACUUCUGCCUUUUAAUAAAAAUCGUUAGUUGGAAAAGA